AUGGCUAACUUACCACAACAACAAUAUUCAACACCUUCGAAUUUACCUUCCUACAACAGAGAUCCAUCCACUUACCAAUAACCUACACUAGGAUAAUAACAAAUUCCUUAGAGCAAUUAUCAACCUCAACAAUCUAGCGAUAAAGGAUUACAAUAUCUGCCUUAACAAAUAGGUGGGUUGCCAUAAAAUGCAUAACCAUAACAAUAACAAUUGUAUGGUCAACCACAAUUUGGACUUAUCGGAUAGCCGAUCACUCAACAACCAGUAUUUGGGCAAUCUUAAAUUUAAUAACUUCCCCCACAAACAACUGAAACCCAAUAAGGAUAAUUAGUUAAGGGAUAGUCAAGAAUCGAGUACAUCCCAUAUGAGAGAACAAUAACCGAAUACGAAGAAGUGAGAAGACAAGUGCAAGUACCCAUCACCAAAUAAAUCACUGACUAUUAUGCAGUCCAAUAUGACAUCGAAUACAUUCCCCAAGUAAUUCAAGAGAAACAGAUAGAAUACGUCCCAGUUGAGAGAGUGGCAGAGAGAACAGAAUAUUACACUGUUGAAAGAUAGAAUGUGAUACAACAACCAAUCGGAUAUUAAUCAUAAUAAGUCUAAACAUCAGCCACCUAUACUCCAGUGCAAACACAACUCUUGAGUCAACAAUACGCACAAUAUGUUCAACCUCAAUAAACCCUAGCAUACCAAUAGCCAGUCUAAGUGCAACAACAAUAUCAAACCAGAGAAGUCAUUCAACAACCAAUAGCCCAAUAAUCCUAUGUCCAAUAAAGAGAAGUAGUACCACAACAACAAAUCCAACAGUCAGUAGCAUUGCAACCAACUCUGCCAACCACACAAUAUGUUCCACAAUAACAAUAUCAAACCAUCCAAAACACACAAACUGUUCAACCUUAAUUAUAAAUUGCUUAAACUGUCCCCUUGAAUUAUGGUCAAUCAAUAUAAGCUCAACAACCUGUCAAUCCAGCCAUCUAAACAAAUGCUCCCGUUAAUCAAGGUUACUCCAUUCCAGCCACUCAAGUUAAUUAGGGUUAUUCCAUUCCAGCCACUCAAGUUAAUCAAGGAUAUUCAAUUCCAUCCACUCAAUAGCCAGUCUAUGGACAACAAUCCCUUGGUCCUCAAUAGCCUAAAACCUAAUAGCCUCUAACUCAAACUACACAAUACAAUCCUUAAUUGUAACAGACUGUGGCACCAUCUUAAUUCGCUUAAUCUGUUCCUUAACAAUAGUAACAACAAUCAAUCCCUCAAGAUAUGGGAAGAACUAGACCCUAUCAAUAGGCUCCAUUGCCUCAAUAACCAUCCUAACCACAAUAGGCUGGCACUGCUUAGAAAUCAAAUAAAGAAAAGUCAUUCUUGGAGAAGUUGUUCGAUUGA